AUGGUCGGCACACAAAUGGCACUCGACAUGGCAACCGACUGUGAUUUCGAGGUCACACUCUGUGAUAUCAGCGAUGAAUCGCUCGAGCGGGCACAAAGACAAGCCGCUUCUCGCAGUCUGAAUCUUCACACCAGCCAAGCCGAUCUCUCUAAUGUCGAUGCACUGAAAGCAGCGAUCAAGGACGCGGAUAUCGUACUCGGAGCCCUUGCGAGUAGAAUCGGAUUCCAAUCCCUUCGAGCUAUCAUCGAAUCAAAGAAGAACUUCGCGGACAUCUCCUUCAUGCCCGAGGAUUCAUGGGACCUCGAUGAACUCGCAAAGGAGCACGGCGUCACCGCUGUCGUCGACUGCGGCGUGGCACCAGGCAUGAGCAACAUGCUUUCCGGAUACGGCGCGAGCCUACUCAAAGAAUGUCAUAACAUCGAAAUCUAUGUGGGGGGGCUCCCGCGUGAACGCCGCUGGCCUUAUGAGUACAAAGCAGGAUUCUCACCGGCGGAUGUGAUCGAGGAGUACACUCGUCCGUCACGCAUCGUCGAAAACGGAGAGGUUGUAGUACGCGAAGCGCUCAGCGAACCAGAACUCAUGGACUUCGAGGGGCUUGGCACACUCGAAGCUUUUAACACCGAUGGAUUGCGUUCGCUCGCAUACACGAUGAAGGUGCCGUUCAUGAAAGAACGCACCCUCCGAUACCCCGGACACAUCGAACUCAUGCGUGUAUUCCGUGAGACCGGUCUGUUCAGCCAAGACCGAAUCGAAGUUGACGGCGGAAGUGUCCGACCGCUCGAUGUCAUAAGUAAGCUCAUGUUCCCGAAGUGGACUUAUGAAGAUGAAGAGCAGGACCUGACCAUCAUGCGGAUCAUCACGGAUGGGAUCGAUCAAUCAGGGAAACAAGUCCGUCACCAAUGGGACCUCCUCGACUACUACAACCAGGGCGCUACGAGUAUGUCUCGCACCACAGCGUUCCCAUGUGCCAUCAUCGCACGCAUGAUCGCGAAGGGCGAUCUCAGAAUGCCAGGCGUGAUCAACGCUGAGCAAAUCGGACCGAUACCUGGACUUGUAGACCAUGUGCUCUCUGAACACUUGAAGCGAGACAUCCAGUACAGGUAUCUGAACAACAAGCAACUCAGCGAUCGGCUCGAAUCGAUAGCUCUGGACGAACACGCUCAGCUCACGCAGAUCGGAGAGAGUCUCCAAGGCAAUCCGAUUCACAUGCUCACGCUCUCAACUGGUAAAGGCACUAGUCCGGGGCUGCUCAUUGUCGCGGGGAUUGAUGGGAUGUAUCUCUCGAGCACAGAGCUCGCAGUACGCAUCAGCGAGCAGAUACUGAAAGAUCACAUUUCUCAGCUGGACGGCAUGGAUAUCUACAUCGUGCCGCGUGCAAACCCGGACGGCGCAGCGAUGAAUAUGGGACAAGUACUCAGUGGUUCGCUGGGGAAUGGCAGGGUUGUUGACGAGGAUCGUGAUCGGCUCAUCGACGAAGACGGGCCUGAUGAUCUCAACAGCGAUGGAUACAUCACAAUGAUGCGCCGCCUCAAUCCGACACUGAACGACGCGCCAACACACACGACUGAUCCAGUUGAUCCAAGAGUCAAUAUCGAACCUGAUGUAUCUAAAGGGCAAAGAGCGACAUUCACUCUCUAUCCCGAAGGCAUUGAUAAUGACGAGGAUGGUGAAAUUAACGAAGAUGGCUUCGGGACAGUCGAUAUCAACAUGAACUUCAUGCAUCGAUGGCCCGAGCAUCAACCACAUGCGGGAAAGUUUCCGCUUUCAGAACCAGAAGCUUACGCACUCGCACGAUUUGUGCUUGAUCAUGACAACAUCAUCGCGGCGCUCACUAUCGGGAAGCACGACAACCUAGUGAAUCAGCCGGACUCAAAAAAGAAAGAUAUCAACAAACGAUCGCCUCUGGAAAUCCAUGAGGAUGACGCCGAACUCUACAAAGAGGUCGGCGAGUGGUUCACUGAUGCAACGGGACACUCUGUAGCGACCAAGCACGACAGCGCUGGGAGUUUCUCGGCAUGGCUGUAUGCGCAGCGAGGUCUUCCGAGUUUCGCGGUUCAACCUUGGGCUCGACCGGAUACUCAAAAGAGUACUGAAGACAAAACGGACGAAUCUAUCUCCGUGGAGCAAGAGGGCAACGGACUCACGCCAUCUCCAGUUGGGGACAUCAGCAUGGAGACGCUCGAUGAGCUUCGAGAGGCAUACACCGCCAUGACUGGAGAAGAACCUGACGAAUCCAUGUUGAAUCAGAUCACACCGGAAAUGGUUGAACAGUUUGCAACACAAGCGGGUAUCGAGAUCCGACGCGUCACUCAGACAGAUCAGACAGAGUCUAGCGAAGAAGCAAACACUUCAAAUACGGAUAAGAAACUCAGUGAUGAUGCGAAAUGGCUGAACUACUUUGAUGAGGCUGACAUCGAUGGAUUUGUUGAAUGGGAACCGUUCGAUCACCCAACACUCGGAAAGGUCGAGAUCGGAGGGUUCAAGCCAGGAGCGAGAGUCAAUCCGCCUGCUGAUCAACUUGAUGAAAUCGCAGCCGAGCACACCGAGUUUGUGAUCAAGCUGCUCGAAGCACGACCACAGAUCGAGAUUCUGACUCCAGAGGUCGUCGAUCUGGGUGGGGGGCUGUACGAAGUCCGGCUCACCAUCGUGAACGACGGAGAUCUACCCACGACCACCAAGUUCGCGCGUACAACGCGCUCGAUCAAACCGACGAUCAUUUCGCUCUCAGUUGAUGUCGAUCGCAUUAUCAACGGCCAACGCAUCGGACGCAUCUGGGGAAUCGAUCACGAUGGCGGACGCUCCGAACACCGAUGGAUUUUCCGAACAGACGACAUCAACAACGAAACCGUGACCAUCAACGAUCCACGAAAUGGCAGCAUCAAGAAGCUCGCUGUCAUACUCCUGACCGUAUUGAGCACUCACACCGGCAUUGCUCAAGCGCAACAGCAGAUUCCUUCGAAAGUCGAUGUUGCAUGGAAUCGCUUCUACAACUUCGCAGAGUCUGAGCAGAUCAUCAAAGAUCUCGUCGCGGCGUACCCUGAGCUGCUCACACUUGUAUCACUCGGCAAAAGCGAGCAAGGGCGUGAUAUGUGGCUCGUCACACUCAACAACCCAGAUACCGGUCCAGACACUGAGAAACCAGCUAUGUACAUUGAUGGCAAUGUACACGGCAAUGAGAUCCAAGCAACAGAGACUGUGCUGUAUUCAAUCUGGUACCUCACGAAGAGCUACGGCAAAGUUGAUCAGCUCACUCAGCUCAUCGACCGAACCGCUUUCUACUUUGUCCCUUCGAUCAAUCCUGAUGGACGCGCCGAGUGGUUUGCGAAUCCGAAUACUCCGCACAGCGCCCGCACAGGACAGCGACCAACUGACAACGAUUACGAUGGGCAGCUUGACGAAGACGGACCGGACGAUCUUGAUGGGGAUGGUCAUAUCACGCAGAUGUGGAAGUUCGAUCCAAAUGGACGGUUCCGUAGGAACAAGCUCGAUCCACGCAUCAUCGAGCGUGUACCGGAUGGCGAACAAGGCGAACUCUCAAGAGUUGGUUCCGAAGGUAUCGACAAUGAUGGUGACGGGCGUAUCAACGAAGACGGUCCCGGUGGAUAUGACAUGAACCGCAAUUGGGGGAGCGAUUGGCAGCCCAACUACAUUCAGUAUGGCGCUGGUGAAUAUCCCUUUGAUCGUCCGGAGGUCAAAGCGGUCGCUGACUUUAUUCUGACCCGACCAAAUAUCGCGGCCGGUCAGAGCUAUCACAACACUGGCGGGAUGUUACUCCGUGGUCCUGGCGCCAACUACCUUGAGAAUCUGUAUCCAAGAAGCGAUCGUCAGAUGUACGACAAACUCGGUAAAGCUGGAGAAGAUCUACUGCCGUACUACAACUACUGGGUCAUCCAUUCCGAUCUUUACACCGUUCACGGCGGGUUUGUAAACUGGAUGGCUGAGGGGCUUGGUAUCGCAAGCUUCACCAAUGAGCUCUGGACUAAUCGAAGAAUGAUGCCUGAUCCGAGCAGAGAGUUCACUGAUGAGGAGCGGAUGCACUGGCAAGACCGCAUGUUGUUCGGCCAGACCUUUACCGACUACACCGAAUACGAACAUCCGACCCACGGCAAGAUACUCAUCGGCGGCGGCACCAAGUUCUCUUCUCGUGUCACGCCUCCAUUCAUGCUGGAGGAAGGAUGCCACCGGAACUUUGCAUUCACAAUGUUCCAUGCCGCCUCAAUGCCUGAGCUGGAGUUCAAGUGGGUUGGUGUUGAAGAUCUUGGGAAUAAUCUUUGGGAAGUCACCGUUGAGAUUGAAAAUACACAAAUUAUUCCGACACGCCUAGCCAUUGCGGCGAAGAAGGGCAUUGGAUUGCCAGACCUGAUUACACUCACCGGAGCGGAUGUCAUCUUGUCUAGCCAACUAGAGGACCGUAGCGAUCGAACAAUGACACCAACGCAAGAUCGUCCAAAUAGAUUUCUGGUCGAUGAUGGCAUUCCUGGCGAGUCGUUGAGUACAUUCAGAUUUCUCGUUCUCGGGAAUGCUGGCAAAAUGAUCGGCCUGAGCUAUACCGCCGAGAAGGCUCGGGACAUCGAGAUUCGAAUCCCUCUCAGAACAGGCGAACGCGUGACGCCGGCUGCAAUUGUGCUUGGUCUCAUCAUCGGCACAAUCAUGAAUGCCGCGAUCACCUACGCCGGGCUCAAAAUUGGGUUCACGAUCGUUGGAUCUGCUAUCGCUGCAGUUAUCGGCUUUGGACUACUGCGAGGCAUACUCAGGAAAGGGUCCAUUCUCGAGACCAAUGUAGUCCAAACCAUCGCAUCAGCAGUGAACACCCCGAACUCCGGAGUGAUCUUCACAGUUCCAGUUCUUCUCCUCCUCGGGUUUCAACUGUCAGCAGGACGACUUGACUUCUGGCUCAUCACACUCGCAUGCGUAUGUGGCGCGGUCCUUGGUGGUGCAUUCAUAAUCCCACUGCGGAAACAAAUGCUCGAUAUCGAGCGAUUGCGAUUCCCUUCCGCAACCGCCGUCGCUGCUAUUUUGAAAUCUCCAGGUGCUGGUUCUAAGAAAGCUGUCAUUCUUGUUGUGGGAAUCGUGCUCGCGGUGCUCAUCGGACUCCCCGCCCAACUCCCACAACUCAAGAAGACUGCGGAUAUUGAGAAUCUUCAAGAACUGGUCGAUCAGGAACGGAUCUCACGAGCCGACUUGCUGUUGACCCAACAAAUAGAUUCUUGGAUAUCCGCUGAAGAAGCGCCUGCGUCAUUGGUACAACAUGGACGCCUACAAACUGAGCUACUUCAAGCGAAGGAAGCCAUCGCACCAAAGCAACGCGAAGAACUGAGCGAUGAAGAAGUUUCUACUUCGACGAAGAGAGUCGAAGAGCUCCAAUGGCAGAUCUCUGAUGCGAAUGCACUCGCAUUGAGUCAAAUCAAAAAUCUGCUAGAUGAGCCCAUCGAUCGUGCUCGCUUGACUUCCUAUCCGCUGGAACUCGCCGUACUCGCGCAUCGCGCUCAUUCUGGCGAUAUCCCCUGGUCAGAUUUGAGAAGCAUCAAGACCGGUUGGGCAGCGGAUCCGAUGUUCGGUUAUGCAGAUCUUCAGCUACGUAUCACACCGAGGAUUCAAUCUGAUUCUGAACCGGUUGAUUUCGCAUUCAAUGGGCCGGGCGUGACCAGCGAUGUGCUUACACCUUCAACGGAUCUCGAUCGCAAUGGCAUCCCAGAUCUUCUUGUAACCGAUGACACCAUUGAUGUAGGAAGGAUCCUUGGUCUUCCGAUCCAGAUCCAACUCUUGUUUGCUAUUGCUCCGUUUGCACUCGGAGCCGGUUUCUUGACCGGCCGCGCUGGUCUGCUGGUGCUCGCAGGAGGCAUACUCGCUUAUGGCGUAUUGAACCCACUCAUCUAUGCGCUUGGUUGGAUGCCCGCGACUGUGUCUGAAGCAGGUGCAGCCGGUUAUGGAUUCGGAAGUGUAAACCGCCCGCUCGGAAUUGGUUUAUUACUCGGCGGCGCACUUAUGGGCGUUAUCGCAUCGAUGCCUGCGAUUCGUGAAGCGUUCAAAUCCAUCGCGGCUGCGAGCAAAACUCAGUCAGCGGCAUCAGGCAGUGAUGAACUGGGGUUGAGGGUAUUGAUCGCUGCCGUUGCGGGUGCGUUGCUCUUCCUGUUUGUAGCUGCGGACUUCACUGGGAACCAACCGAUCAACUCAGUCUGCCCAGUGACUGAAAAGCCAAUCGAGUAUGACGGAUACACCUCAGAAUACAACGGCUAUACGGUCGCUUUUCUUGAUGAGCCUGCACUGGAGACCUUCGAGCAAGCAUCUACAGAAGAUCAAGCAGCAGUCAUGACCCCAUUUUCAGCGACUCGAAAGGGCCUGCUUGCUGAGUUGAACCCGCAUAUUCGCGCCGCGAUUAUAGCAGUUGUUGGAGCUUUAUGGAUUUGGUUCGCUGGGAUCAUCAUCGCACAGUGCACCGGCAUGACGGACUGGUCCCCCAUCUCUGGGAUGGCCCUGCUCACUGUAGUUCUUGUCAUGCUGCUCUCAGGGCCAGGAGGUGUGCUUGGAGCUGUUCUGAUCGGAGCAGCACUGUGUGUCGCGAUCACCUGCGCGGCAGACAUGAUGGCGGAUCUCAAGACCGGGUACCUAGUUGGCGCCAAACCGAAGCGCCAGCAGACCGUAGAGCUUAUCUUUACAGGUAUUGGCCCGAUCAUCACAAUGAUCGUUCUGCUGAUCAUUGUUGAAGGCAAUCAGACGAAGUUUGGUAUCCCAAUCGGACCAGGUACCGAUACAUCCGCUCCCCAAGCUCAAGCGCUGCAAGCUGUCAUCACCGGCGUCCAGGGUGGUGCAAUGCCAUACGCCCUCUACGGGGUCGGUGCAGUGAUUGGCGCACUGCUUGGACUCGGCGCGUUCUCUGGACUCGGAGUUCUGGUAGGACUGUCCAUGUACCUCCCCUUCGCAUACAUCGCAACCUACGGUGUCGGCUGUGUCAUCAACAUGCUAGUCAGCAAGCUGAAAGGCGCGAGUUGGGCGGAAGAGUGGGGGGUCCCAGUCGCAGCUGGUUUCAUCGUUGGAGAUGCGGUCAACACUAUGAGAAUAUUCGCAUACAUACUCAUCACCGUUUCGGUCAUUGUCGGCACACUCGCGAGCAGUACCGCAUACCUUGUCAAGUUGGACAAGUCAAAUCCGCAGGAUCUAACCAAUCUUCGGCUCGGUUCACCUGCUGGUGUUUACGACCCAGAGACAGUAGACCCAGAGUUCAAGAAUAGACUGGACAUCAUCCGUGCCGAGCUCGAUGCGGAAGGCGCGAAGGAAACGAAUCCUCUGAAACCUGCCACACCUCCACGCGCAUCCACGGAUAUCCCAGCCGUGGAAUCUGCAGAAACAGGUGAGUCGGUUCUCCAAUCGCGCGAAGCAAGAAUACCCAUAGCACGCAGCGGAGAUCGUUUGACUAACGAGCUCGUUGAGCUGCUCAUUGAAUCAAAUGUAGCCUAUGUCAAAGUCACCGAGUUCAGUAUCACACGAUGGUACUAUGCUUGGCUGUUUGGCCUGUCCUGCUUAGGACUGCUGCUUGGUGCGUUUAUGGUUCGUCGAGCCGUCCAGAAUCAGCUCAAGAAUGCUGAUUUAUCCAAAAGCACAGACACAAUGCAAUCCACUGAUGCGGCCUCAGUAUUUGCUCGAUUAUCAGGACGGCUGAAUCAACUUGCAUCCGAACUUGAGCAGUCGCAGGAUGAAGAAAAUCGACUCGCUGCGAUAUUACUUCAUGUUGGUGAAAUUCAACGGGAUGAUGUGCCUGCCUUCGUAUCAGACAAACCUGCGCUAGUCAAUCGAUUGUCAUUGUCAGGUUAUGCAGAACUCAUGGAUAGCUUUGCGGCAAUGGAACGGCAGCUCAACCGAGCAUGGUCUGCAGCAGCUGAUUCACAUCUCCCAGAAUCAGAGGCGUGCUUGCGAAACGCUCAGCCACUCUUGGUAGAGACCCUGAAGCGGCUCAAAGGGUGA